AUGCUACAGCCGUUGUCAAUGAUACCCUAUCAACAUAUCUGCUUAAAGGUCACAUCUCUCACAGGACAAAUUGACUCCCUUGCUUAUGAUCUACCUGAGGUGAAAGGAGACAAAUAUUCAGCCACGAGAUUGAGUGAUAGUCUUAUGAGUUCCCCAAAGACACCAACAUAUGAGCGAGAAGAAGCCUUUAACUCUCUGGUUGCUGAUGUGUCAAGAUGGAUUAUAAUUUGUAUAUUACUUUAA